AAAAUAAUCGAAAUCGGAAUAGCAGAACGUGUUUUUCUUUUUUCGGCAAGUAAUAAUCGGCUAGCAAAUUGUUUCCUGCUUUCCCGAUUAAAUUUUGAUAAAAUAUGACUUAAUGUUGUACAAGUUUGUGAGAACUUCAGAAAUGUUGAAUAGAAAUAACAUACAGCAAGCUUUACUGUUCCAGAAAUGUAAUUCAAUUGUUUAAUCAUGUUUAUUUUUUCUUGUGUUUAAGCAACAAAUUUAUUUCCUCAUUUUGCUUGUAAUUGAAAAUUAUAUUUAUUAACAUAGAGAAAUGUUUUAUGGAAAACGGAUUUAAGAGAAGUAUGGAGGGAGGAAAUGAAAAUUCAGAGGAUGAUCCAAGUGGAAAUUACAAAAACUUAGGAUAUCGACUGAAAAAAAGAACAUCUGAAGAAAGCAUAUAUCUCAGUGCUGAAAACUUAUCACCCAACUCCAAUGAUGCUAAAAAAAAUGACAACUCUAUUUACCCAUCUCUGAAUCUGAAUAAUGAAUUGAAAGAACCAUCAACACCUGAUGGCAAAUUAUCUGAAAGCUAUGGCACCCCUUUCAGUGAGACUUCUUCAAAAGUUGAUACUUUAGUUUUACGAAGUGCAGGAAAAUAUGCAAAGAGUCAUGAAUGCAUUAAGCUAGAUUAUUUAUCAUCUAGUAAAUUGGAUGGCUUAGACACUUCAUCCUUAUUAUCAAUAGAAUCUGCCGUAUUUUUUGAUGAUCGGCUAAAGAGAAUAGAUUUUGUUCUUGUGUAUUCAACUGAUCCUUCUGAAGAUUCAGAUCAAUUUGUUAAUGCUCGUGCAGUUUUCGAAAAAAAUCUAAAAGAGGAAGGUCUUGAAUUAGAACAUGUGUAUCAGGAAGAAACUGGUUUAGUGUUUGUAAAAAUUCACUGCCCAUGGGAGGUUCUAAGUCGAUAUGGUGAAAUUUUGAAAUUCAAAAUGCCUAUGAAAGAGAGCUUGUUUGAAGUGUGUGCAAGACCUCCCUCUAAUGUACCUGACUUCGACUUCUCAAAAUACUAUUUUCGUAAUUUGUUCAGUCGUAUGACAGGUUUUGCUCAAAGUGUUUCAGACCUUAUCCAUGCUGAUACAUAUAAGCUGCGGUUUAAAGACUGUCGCUUUUCAACUGUUUAUUCACGAGAUAAAGAAUAUUUAUUUCAGAUACCUCGUCGAAAAGAGGAUUUUUUUUCACCGUGCCAAAGAUCACGAAUCGUCCAGUUUAUCCUAAAGCGUAAAAGUUUCACAGUUGAUCAUACAGAUGUGUUUGGAUUUGGUAUCAAAAAGUUGUUAUCUGAUGGUAUUUACACUGCUGCAUUUCCAUUACAUGAAGGAGACUUGAAAGAUAAAUCACCUCAAAACCCAAGAAUGUUUCUUAUAAAGAAAUGGGCAUCGUACUCCUGCCUUUUUAAAAAACAACCACUCGAUGAAAUUAAGCAUUACUUUGGAGUAAAAAUUGGACUUUACUUUGCUUGGCUUGGUUUCUACACAUAUAUGCUCAUACCAGCAUCUAUUGUAGGAUUGAUUUGCUUUAUUUAUGGCUGUAUCACAUUAAACAGUAAUGUACCGAGCAAUGAAAUAUGCGAUAGCCAAUUAGUUAUGUGUCCUCUAUGUGAUAAAGAGUGUCAUUAUUGGCUUUUAAGCGAAUCGUGUAAUGCUGGAAAAAUUACAUACCUUGUGGAUAAUGGAGCUACUGCACUGUUUGCAGUUUUUAUGUCGCUAUGGGGUGCUGUAUUUCUAGAAUUGUGGAAAAGAUAUUCUGCAGAUAUCACUCAUAAGUGGGAUUUAACUGGUUUUGACACUUCUGAAGAGCAUCCACGUCCAGAAUAUUUAGCUAGAUUAGCUAAUGAAAGGAAGAAGAAGAUCAAUUAUAUAACAAGAAUGUAUGAGCCAUAUGUUCCAUUUUGGAGAAAACGACUGCCAUAUUCAAUCAUGUCUAUAUCAAUAGUUUUCUUACUAGUGACAGUUGCGGUAGCUGCAGUAGCUGGUGUCAUUUUAUACCGGAUAUCUGUAAAUGCUGCUCUUCUUCUCAGCAAAGAUAAAACAAUAUCCACUUUUGCUAGCAUCAUAACAUCAACAACAGCUGCUUUGCUGAACUUAGUUUGCAUAAUGAUAUUUAAUCAGUUUUAUACUUGCAUAGCCACAUACCUCACUGAGCUUGAACUUCAUAGAACACAAACUGAAUUUGAUGAUAGUCUCACACUGAAGAUGUUUCUGCUUCAAUUUGUUAACUACUAUUCGUCCAUUUUUUACAUUGCAUUUUUUAAAGGAAAACUCAUUGGCCAUCCUGGCAACUACAAAUUGUUAUUUGGCUAUCGACAGGAAGAGUGUGGAACAGGUGGUUGCCUAAUGGAACUUGCCAUACAAUUAGCUAUUAUUAUGGUUGGAAAACAGGCUCUUAAUAAUCUCAUGGAAGUGUUAAUGCCCCAUGUCAAUAACCGCGUGAUGACAAGCGUAAAUGCCGUAACUUCUACUACCACUGUUAAAACUGUUGCCUCAAUAACUCUUUGGUGUUCAAGUUUAAUGGGCUUUUGUUACAGGUGGUUAACAUGGUUGUAUCAGUGGUGGCAACUAAGAAAACGAAGACAACAUAAUGGUGGUCCUCAUAUCAAUACUCGCUGGGAAGACGAUUAUGAACUUGCAGAGUGGGGACCUACACAUUUAUUUUUUGAGUAUUUAGAGAUGAUCUUACAAUUUGGCUUUGCAACUAUAUUUGUGGCAGCAUUUCCCUUAGCACCCUUAUUUGCAUUACUCAAUAACAUUCUGGAAAUUCGCCUGGAUGCAAGAAAACUAGUUUGCUCUUAUAGAAGACCAGUUGGUGUUAGAGUGCAAAAUAUUGGCAUUUGGUAUCGUAUUCUGGAUUCCAUUGGAAAGCUUGCUGUAUUAUCAAACGCCAUCAUAAUAGCUUUUACUUCUGAUAUGAUUCCUCGUCUUGUGUAUAGACUGUAUUAUUCCCCAGACUAUUCUUUAGAUGGAUUUGUUGAAUAUACUUUAUCACGUUUCAACACAUCGCAUUUUCAUGCUGAUGUCAAACCCAUGCCGUUAAUUCUACCUGGCACAAAUCAAACGGUUGAUGUAUCCAUAUGUAGGUAUCGUGAUCAUAGAAAUCCACCAGAAUCUCCAGACAGAUAUGAAUUCAAUUUAGAAUAUUGGCAUUUACUCGCUUGGCGUUUCGGAUUUGUCUUGAUAUUUGAAAGCAUUGUUUUGAUGAUCACAACCCUAACUCGAUGGCUGAUACCAGAUAUCCCAAAGAAACUAAUGGAAAGAAUACGACAUGAAAACUUCAUUACUAAUGAAAUAAUGAUUGCUCAAGAAUUAAAGCGUGCAAAAGGUCUUUCUUCAAUACCAGAAGAAAAGAGUAAUUGUGAUCACGCCAAUUCUUACUCUUCCUACAGCAAUCCUAUCAUAAGAGAAGAACUUAUUUGAUGCAAAUUAAAAUUAGCUCAAUAUUUUAAGCAUGGUUUUAAUUCAUAACCUUAGUGAAACCUUAAGGCAGUGAUAUGGUUGCACCAAAAGUUCACAAGAGGUUGAAUUUCUAUAGGUAUCUAUUCUGUAUACUGCAGCAUAUAUUAAUAUAGAACUGUUGAAAAUGUAUUUCGUUUUUAAGCAUAUACAACAAGUAUGUUCACCAGUUUUCUUAUGUGUCUUAGUUUAAUAAUUCUUUUUUUUUCAAUUUAUUGUUUUCAUUACUACGCCUUAAGAUUUUUAAUGUGAAACUAAGUGUAAUAUCUGUGAUGUAAUAUUCAUCAGAGAAUAUACAAUUUAUUUUAAUAAAGAGUUAAAGUACUCUAUUAAUAUUUAUUUUUAUAGUAGUAUUAACUGAAGAAUAAUGACAUAAAUAUUACAUCAAAAACUUUAAAUUGCACAAUUAUUGUACAUUUUUA